GGCCCUCCCGCAGGAUCGUUCCACCGCGGCGGGAGGAAUUAUCGGUUUUAUUGAAGAAAGGCCCCAAAAUGGCGCGUUCGGCACGUGCCAGAGGGGAGGCGGGGGGGGGGCUCUCCUUGUUUGCCGUGGAUGGAACCCCAGAAAAAUCCCCAGAAAACGCCGCAGGGCGCGCGUCGGGGAGGCGUGGUACAAUGCGGGUGGUGCUUAGCUGGGCGUGUCCCCGUUCAGGGGCGUGGCCUCGUGGGAGGCGGGGCCUGUUGGCCGAAGCGGCGGCGGCGCGGGACGCGCGAGAAUGUCUUCGGGCCGCCCCGCAGCUCCGUCCCCUCCCCCGGGGGGGCUCCCCGGGCCGCCCCCCCCCCGCCGCCGCCGCUGCCGGGGUCCCCCCGCCCCAGGCCCUGCCCCGUGUCCCCCCGCCUCCGCCGCCGCCGCCGUUGGCAGCAAUGACGUGUUCGUGACGUCACGCUCGGAUUUCCGGGCGCAGCUGCGGCGCUGCCAGCGGCUCCUGGCGCCGGGGGGGGGUCCCGGGGGCGGCCCCGGUGCUCCCGGGGAGCUGCGGCUGCACGGGCUGGGCCUGGCCGUGCCCCGCACCAUCAACCUGGCGCUGCAGCUGCAGGCGGGCGCGGGGGGGACCCUGCGGCUCCACGCCAGCACCUCCUCCGUGCCCCUGCGGCCUCCUCGCCACCGCCGGGGAGACGGCGACCAGGACGGGGAGGGGGUCGAGGACGGGGACCCCCCCCGGCACAACUCGGCCAUUCACAUCCGGCUGUGCAGGGAGGCCCCCUGUGCCUGAGCGGGGCUGCUCCUGCCCUGGGGGGGCUCCCCGAGAGGCUCGAGUUCACUCCCAGAGUCCCCAAAAUGCGGGGGGGGAGGGCUCCCUCGGUGUCCUGGCCUCUCCAUCACCUACAUGGGGACACCCCAAAACUCCCCCCGGGAGUCCCCCCAGGGCUGUCACAGCCACAGAAAGUCUUGGGGACACCCCAGGGGCACCACAGUCGUCGUCAUCAUCUACCCGCCCCCCCCCCCCAAAGGGCCCCUGGGGCCACUGGGAUGCGGCAAGGAUUUGGGGACACUGAGAUGCCACACUGAGAGUUCGAAGCCAGCACGAGUCACCGGUAGCCUUGGGGACGACAUGACCUGGAGCCUGGAUGCUCUGGGGACACCGGACAAUGCCACCAGUGGCUCGAGGGCCAUCUAGCUGCCACCAACGGGUCAAGACCGCCGUGAGCUGAGGCCACCACGAUGUCCCCGAGCCCCUCGAUGUCACCCUGAGCCCCCCCCCCCUCCGCAGCAGCCUCGGGGAAUUUGGGGGGGACAGAGUGAUGCGACACCCAAAUAAAGCCGGUGGCAGCAGCA